AUGGACAUCGUGGAGAGGAUCCUCUCUGUGGCCCAGGCCAUCCAUGCCCAAUUCGAGCAGGUGAAGUGCUGCAAGCACCAGUGCCAGCACCUCAUGGAGCGCAUCCAGAUCCUGCUGGAGUCCGUGAGAAUCCUCAAGGCUCAGCCACCAAAGCACAUCUCCUGCCAUGAAGAGGAACUGCUGAAGAAGCUGCUGGGGGCACUGGGGGAAGCCCAGAGGCUGGUGAUAAAAUACAACCAGACCAGCUGGAUCCAGAAGUUCCUGAGAGCCCGCAGCACUGGCGAGGAGUUUGUCUGGGUGAAUGAGAGCCUGGAGGACAUCACCCAGGGGCUCUCACUGCUGUUGCAGGCAGAGCAGAAACAGGCUUUCCUGGAGGCUUUUCAGGCAAAGACAUGACGCAGGCAGGAUGCUGAGGACCUGAGGGAUGAUAAGGCUUUCUUGGACCAGGUGAUAGCAAAUAAGUGUACUGAGGAGCCCGAAGACAUGACCAGGAAGAUCUACGCUGACAGGCAAUGUAUGGAGAGCAAGGUGGACUGGUUGCAAAGUGAGCUGAACAAAAUCGUGCGUGUGAUGGACUGCUUGAAGAAGGUCAAUGUUGGUAAAAGAGAAGACAUCACUGAGAUCAAGCGGGAUCACCUCACCUUCUACAAGCAACUGUAGGACACUGAGAGUUACAACCUCUACAAAGGCGAGUACCUCAAGUACCCCGUUGCCAUCAAAACCUUCAAGAGGCCAUUGACCACCGACACAGCGAAGGUGAGAGACAUCUUUGAGAAGGAGAUUCAGACCCUGAAGAAGUUUGAGUCUCCAAACAUCCUGCGUAUGUACAGGAUCUGCAUUGAAGAGAAGGAUGGGAGCCCCUGCUUCUCCAUCGUCAUGGAGUACUGCAAACACGGGACACUGCGGGAUGUGCUGACAAAGCAACGGCAUCUCUCCUGGGACAUGCGCAUUCAGAUGGCUCUGGGAGCCACCAGAGGCCUUUACAGGUUGCACCAGACAGAGAAGAAGUCCCGACUCCAUGGCUGCAUCUGCAGUAGCAAGUUCCUGGUGGCCGGGGAUUACUGUGUGAAGCUCUCAGGAUUUGAGCUGUGUGAAACAGAGUCAACCAUCAAGAGGAAAGCCAAGAAUAACUGGAAACAAGUCUCUAUGUUGGCUUAUAUCGCUCCUGAGAACCUGAAGGACACGAACUACCCCUGCAGGAGGCCCUGUGAAAUACACAGCUUCGGUAUAGUGCUGGGGGAAAUUGCGACCUCCAAAAUCCCAUUUGAAGGCUGCACUCCCCAGGAGAUCAUGGAGAAAAUCUGAAACCACCAAUACCAGGAACCUGUGGGGGACGAUUGUCCUGAAGACCUGCAGAAAGUCGUUGACCAGUGCCGAGCCUUUGACCCUUCCCAGCGCCCUUCUGCUGAGAAGAUUGUGGAUGCUCUGUCUGAUCUGGAAAGAA